AUGCUCAAGGCAUUAGAAUCCUACUCCGACAAUGUGCCUUCCAAGUCCGGACCCCCAAAAAGUACUCCUUCAACAAGGCCUACCACGCCUAGGAGCUCAACCAGGGUUACCAAGGGAAAGGCCGCAGCUACCAAGAACCCCCCCAAAACCGCGUCUCAAGGCAGAGAGGGGGACGUGGUUACGCAGAAGGAUCUAGCUGAGUUUCGUAAGAAAUGGAAGGGGUACACUGUGGCCCGAUUGAAGGAACUGUAUGACGAUUGUAACAUCUCUUAUGAUAAAAAUGCAAAGAAGCCCGAGAUACACAAGAUAUAUGGCAACAAAGCAAACGCCGAAAAAAUCGUCAAAAAAGAGAGAGCGUUAUUGAAGAAUGGAGAAGAAACUGUGGAAGAGAUGGACGGUGAGAAGGCCGAGUUGAAAGUUCAGAAGAUGAAGGAAUGGUUCAACUAUGAUGCCGGUCAAUUGAAAACCCUAUUAGACAAGUUCGAUGUCAAAUAUGGAGUCAGGAUAAGAGAGCCCGGCCUCAAACGCUUACUAGAAGCAAAUGCGGACUGGAUGGCAGCAGAGGCGAUAAGCUGUUGA